CUCGCUUUGCGUGACCGCAGCAGGUUGGUCCUGGAGCAGAUGAGCGAAGAAUAUUUAGGCGAAAGCGAGAGGAGGGGCGGGGGGGGAGCGCGGGGCAGGAGGAGUACCUCGGCCAAGAAAAUUAUGCAUGCGUUAGGCAAGCUCUGAGAGAAUGGCUGUGGAAGCUCUCCACUGUGGUUUGAAUCCACGGGGUAUCGAUCACCCUGCCCAUGCUGAAGGAAUUAAGCUGAAAAUUGAAGGUGAAGGUGUAGAAUCUCAAUCCAUUAAAAACAAAAAUUUCCAGAAGGUGCCUGACCAAAAAGGAACCCCCAAGAGACUGCUGGGAGAAGCUGAGACAGCAAAGUCAGCCACGGUGAAGCUGUCAAAACCAGUGGCCCUGUGGACCCAGCAGGAUGUCUGCAAGUGGUUGAAGAAGCACUGUCCAAAUCAGUAUCAGAUCUACAGUGAGUCAUUCAAACAACAUGACAUAACUGGUCGAGCCCUGCUGAGACUCACAGACAAGAAGCUGGAACGCAUGGGGAUCGCCCAGGAGAACCAGCGACAGCACAUCCUGCAGCAGGUGCUCCAACUGAAGGUGCGGGAAGAAGUCAGAAACCUGCAGUUACUCACACAAGGUAGCCUGCUGCUUCCUGGUGGGUGGUUGCCCGGGAACAUGGGAAGCCAGAAAAUGUGAUCUUUUGUGACAGAGGGGAGCCAGGAAAAUUUGUUAUUGUUUCCUUACAGGAUGUUCUUCAUUAAAAGAAAAGAAGUAGGUAGCUCUAAAGACAACUUCGCUCUAAAACUUUUCGUUUUCAUUGCUCACCAGAGAGAAAGUUGCAUAAAUAAGUAAUAGGUCCACAAGUGGAAUUACAGGCACCAACUUCAAGGUUAUCGCACAGGGCUGCAUAGAUUGCUUACUGUACCACUCCAGAGAGUACCAGUUCCCAUUGAUCAGGGUCCAACUGCUCCCUCCAGAGUUUUGUGGUGUUCAGGCUGCACGACUGAAUAGCCCAGUCCUGGCUGCCCUCAUCUGAACAAUAAUUUCUGAGGAGGUGUUAGAAUUUGAGUAAUUCUAAAGUUAAUAUGGCCCAUGCAUGCUAGAGAUGAAGUUUUGAUAUAUUUUGUUUUACUUUCCUUUCCUUGGCCAAUAGAAGGGAAAUGUUUUAAAUGUACCUUUAUUUAACUGAAUUAAUGCAUGCAUAGACUUUAGAGAUUUUGAAAACUCUAUUAACCUAUUGAGAAUAGAAUGAUUUAAAAUAUAAACUAGAGAAUUUAAAUUUGAACUGUUAAGGCUGUGUAACUCAAUAGUGUCACGAAGAACUUCAAUAUAUUGAGAGCACGUAAGAUCCCUAUAACUUUGAAGUGUCAAGAAAAUCUAAAAUUUGAAGAAAACUCUAAGUUCCACUAUAUGUAACCUAUGCAUUUACAUACUAUUUGAAAGAUAUAAGCUUCCAUCGACUGUACUUUUUCUUCUUUUGUUGCCCAUCAUGCAUCAUUUUAAAUGAAAGGAUGAUAAAGUAAGUGUUUUUGAGAGCAUUGGAUAGUUUUCAAUAUUCAGGAUAUAGUAAUUAUAUGCAUACUGGAGAAAUCUGGGUCAUCCAAGUUUUAUAUUAUUGCAUUUAGAUUAGCCCAGGAAUAGUCCAUUUGUCUAGAGCAGUGGUUCUCAACCUGUGGGUCAUGAACCCUUCAGGGUGGCAUAUCAGAUAUCCUGCAUAUCGGAUAUUUACAUUAUGGUUAAUAACAAUAGCAGAAUUAUAGUUAUGAAGUAGCCCUGAAAUCAUUUUGUGGUUGGGGACCACCACAACAUGAGGAACUCUAUUAAAGGGUUGAAGCAUUAGGAAGGUUGAGAAUCACUAGUCUAGAGGAAAUAAUGCAGUGCCUGAACAAUGUGUGCUGCAGAAGGACAAAUAUAGACAGAGAGUGACGCAAAAAUGGUGUCGGCUCUUUAAUAUGCUUGUUCGAAGUUUGUCCCUAGAGACUCCUGGUGGUGAGUCAUAGGAAUGGGUGGACUGAGUAAUUUGAAUGUGACAUGUUGAUACACCUUUAAGUUUCUUUUAAGAAGUAAAUAGAGAUAAUAAGACUUGUGACAAGAAAUGUCAUCACAGCACUAUUUCUAAAAUGGAAAAAAGGAAGCAAAUAAUUCUACUUAAACUUUAUGUAAUCCAGGCAUCAAAAUUCCCUUUUAAAGAAUACGUAAUGUCAGAAAAAGAUUUGAGGAAUGGGGGUUAGGGCAUAUGGAAAAUUUGAUUCAUAGCAUGGCUCAAUUUUUCAAAAUAUAGAAUUCAUAUUUUAACAUAUGUAUAAUAUGUAAAAGGAGUAUAGAUGAUUAUGCCAUAUUUUCAUGAUGGUUUGCUCUGGGAAAUACACUUGUGGAUUAUCUCACUUGUAUUCAUUAUACUUGUCCAUGUUUUCUGAAUCCACUAUAAAGUUGUACUGUUUAAUCAGAGGAUAUUAACUAGUAGCUUCUACAGCAUUCUUCUUUCUAGGUUCUAUUUGGUGUCUGGACCUUUUAGGAGCUUUCUUUUCCUCCUGUGUUGAUAACGAGGAAGAGACUUAUCCUCAUGGAGCAUGCCUUUGACACCAUCCUCUACUCCUUUCCCCCUGCCUAACUGCCUCACAAAUCAUCUUCAGUAUUCAUUGCCCAGAAGUCUUCUUCAGAUACUAUUUAAGCCUACUAAGCUAAAUGCCUGUCGGUGUUCUGGGAAAGUCCUAAGCUCAAUCUUUCUGAUUUCAUUGUUGGCAUCCCCCACUCCACCCUCAUUGAAAAGCUGUACAUUCUGUAUUCUUUCAUCCCACUCCUUUUGGAAGAAACUAAUGUUCUCUUUAGCUUAGGGGUAUUUUUCUCUGAAUUUUUAUAGCCUCUCUUAGUGCUUGUCCUUCACGUUAGUGUUCAAAAUCCCUUUAUGUCAGGCAUCCUUUAAAAAAAA